AUGGAGGCAUCUUCAAAGACUCUAGAGAGGACGAGGGAACGUGCUGCUCGUUUAAUGUUUAACAGACUUAAGGGUGGAGGCUGGACUACCUCACCUUCACUUCAGAACUUAAAGAAGAACUUAAGGACCGUUCCCAAAAAACGAGAAGACGUUUCGCGGGGCAGUGAGAAAUACAUGGGGUCCCUUCACCCAGUUGAACGCCUCGAUCUCAAUUGUCGUGCUCGUGGCGCAAGGGCUCCAGUAUACACUGAAGAGAAACAACUGACUUGGUUCCCACAAUCAACGCCUACUCACCGAGCCAAACCUUUGAAUCCAAAGUGUCCACUAAUGAAGUUUCGGUAUUUAUGCCAACUCGGUGAUGCAGUCAUUCUCGGCACCACAUGCAAUAACAAACGUCUUGCCAAGAGGGCGGCAGCUGAAAUGGCACUUCAGUGGUUAGGCAUCAAUCCUUACCCUGGAGUAACCCCGCUUGCGUCUACCUCAAUUCUCCAUCAAUCAGAUCUUUACGCAGAGUUAAAGAAAUUUUUCAGCUACGACCACGACCAGGAGGGUGUUCACCAUCCAGAACAGAUUUCACGGGCUUCUCUACCUCCACAGGUAGAAGCAAUAUCGUGGCACAUACUUUCCCACCUUAGCCACUUACUCACUUGCCCAACAAUCGACCCUGAUGUUGAUCCACAGCUAUUGCCAGUGUGCGAACACUUAGGUGCUCCUUGCGGAUCGCCGGUAAUUCACGCCGUGAGGUUUGCAAGGCAUGGGACUACGUUGCAUGAAAUCGGUGACAAGCACGCGGAAUCUAUCCUUUUGCCAGUCUUCUCCGAUUGGAAGAACAAAAUUCAAAUUCUGCCCAAUGGCCCAAUUUGCGUGAGCUCUCAUCAGAACGAAAAAGGUGACUGCUUUUUGUCAACUUCUGGAAACUGA